GUCGUUGUCGUGUCGCUCUUUUCUUUGAAACUUUGAAAUUGAUUGUGUCUGAUUUUAUGCAGCAUGGUUCAUGGUUAUAAAGUGUAAAUGACGUGUUUUUCUUGCGGAUAUUGUAGAAUACGUGAUUUCCAAUAAACAUGACAGACAGCGAACCCCAAAUUGGUCCAACAGAAGACCAGCCGCAGGAAAAGACCGCAAAGCAACUGGAGAAAGAGGCAAAAAAGGCUGCCAAGUUGGAGAAAUUAAAGGCAAAGUUGGAUAAAAAGAGCACCGCACCAGCUGUUCAAAAAGAUAAGCCUGAGAAAAAAGUAAAAGAGACCAAGGAAUGUGCUGUGUACACAGCUAACACUGCAGUGGGGGAUAAGAAGGAUAUAUCUGAUUCUAUGCCCGAUGCAUACAGCCCACUGUAUGUAGAGGCUGCGUGGUACUCUUGGUGGGAGAAACAGGGUUUCUUCAAACCUGAGUAUGGAAGAAAGUCUGUAUUGGAACCUAAUCCAAAGGGAAGUUUUGUGAUGGUGAUCCCUCCCCCCAAUGUAACUGGGUCUUUACAUCUCGGACAUGCACUUACGAAUGCUGUAGAAGAUGCUAUCACCAGGUGGCAUAGGAUGAAUGGUCGCACCACACUGUGGAACCCGGGCUGUGACCACGCUGGCAUUGCCACUCAGGUGGUGGUGGAGAAGAAGCUGUGGAGGGAGGAGCAGAAGACGCGCCACCAACUGGGGAGAGAGGAGUUCAUCAAACGUGUGUGGGAUUGGAAAAAUGAAAAAGGUGACAGGAUUUAUGAACAACUACGCUCACUUGGCUCGUCAUUCGACUGGUCUCGCGUCCGCUUCACGAUGGAUCCGUCCAUGUGUCGAGCGGUCAACGAGGCGUUUAUACGGCUGCACGACGCGGGCGACAUCUACCGCGCCAACCGACUCGUCAACUGGUCAUGUACUCUCAAGAGUGCCAUAUCCGACAUUGAGGUGGACAAGGUGGAUCUGCCCGGGCGGACCAUGCUGUCUAUACCGGGAUAUGACAGCAAAGUAGAGUUCGGUGUGCUGGUGCAUUUUGCGUACAGAGCGGAGGACUCGGACGAGGAAAUAGUGGUGGCCACCACUAGAGUGGAGACCAUGCUAGGAGACGUGGCAGUCGCCGUGCAUCCCAACGACACCAGAUAUAAGCAUCUCAUUGGGAAGAAUCUUGUACAUCCAAUAUUAAAGAGAAAGCUGCCCAUAAUAGCUGAUGAUUAUGUUGACAUGAAUUUUGGAACAGGUGUGGUGAAGAUAACCCCGGCCCACGACCCCAACGACUACGAGAUAGGCAAGCGCCACAACUUGCCGUUCAUCACCAUUUUCGACGACGAAGGCAGAAUGUUGGACAACUGUGGCCCAUUUGCUGGCAAGAAACGCUUCGACGUGCGACGCGAGAUCAUCAAGACACUGGAGCUCGCUAAGUUGUACAAAGAGACCAAAGACCACGCGAUGGUCGUGCCGCUCUGCAGCCGCUCCAAGGACGUCGUGGAACCGAUGCUUAAGCCGCAGUGGUACAUCCGCUGCGACACGAUGGCUGCUGAGGCGAUCAAAGCGGUCAAGAGCGGCGAGCUGAAGAUCAUCCCAGACAUGCAUGAGAAGAUCUGGUACCACUGGAUGGAGGGCAUCCGGGACUGGUGCAUCUCGCGCCAGCUCUGGUGGGGCCACCGCAUACCCGCCUACCGCGUCACGCUGCCCGCUGCCGAGGAGCCCCGCCAGGUGAUCAAGCCGCGCCGGCGCCGCACGCGCUCCGGCCGCAAGAAGGACGUGCGGCGCAUGCGCGCGCCCCCACCCGCACAGAAAGAAGAACAAUGGGUAUCCGCUCACAGCGAAGAGGAGGCGCUAUCGAAAGCCGCCGCCAAGUUCGGAGUACCUGCGGGAGACAUCAAACUGGCGAGAGAUGAAGACGUGCUGGACACGUGGUUCUCCUCUGGACUGUUUCCCUUCUCUAUCUUCGGAUGGCCGGACAACACCGAGGACUUGCAGGCGUUUUAUCCCGGAACUCUGCUCGAGACCGGCCACGACAUCCUCUUCUUCUGGGUGGCCAGAAUGGUGUUCUUUGGACAACGGCUGCUCGGCAAGUUGCCUUUCAAAGAAGUGUACCUCCACCCCAUGGUCCGAGACGCUCACGGGCGGAAAAUGUCCAAGUCCCUGGGCAACGUCAUAGACCCCGUCGACGUGGUGCGAGGGGUCAGCUUGGAGCAGCUGCACGCGCAGCUGGCGGACUCGAACCUGGACCCGCGCGAGAUCGAGAAGGCCAAACAGGGUCAGAAGCAGGACUACCCUAAUGGCAUACCUGAAUGUGGUACUGAUGCUUUGAGAUUUGCCCUGUGCGCGAUGACGCAGGGCCGCGACCUGAACCUCGACAUCCAGCGCGUGCAGGGCUACCGCUUCUUCUGCAACAAGCUGUGGAACGCCGCCAAGUUCGCGCUCAUGUACUUCCCGCCCGACACCAGCUACGAGGUCCACGAGCCUGCGCUGCCUCAGGGCUUGUCCUCGAUGGACCGCUGGAUGCUGUCGCGGCUGGCGCUGGCGGUGCAGCGAGUCAACCAAGGCUUCAGGAGCUACGAGUUCCCCGCCGCCACCACUCACUGCUACAACCUGUGGCUGUACGACCUUUGCGAUGUCUAUUUGGAAUACCUCAAGCCAGUGUUCGGCCAGGGUUCGGAGGAGCAGAAGCUGGGCGCGCGGCGCACCCUGUACACCACGCUGGAGUACGGGCUCAAGUUGCUCAGCCCCUUCAUGCCGUUCAUCACCGAGGAGUUGUACCAGCGGCUCCCGCGACAGGACGCCAGCUGUCCGUCCAUCUGUGUCGCCGACUAUCCCACUGAGUCAGAUACACCGUGGCGUUCAGAAGAGUUAGAAGCCAAUGUGGAGACUGCCCUCAAGAUAGUGCACCUCAUACGUUCCACGCGCUCCGAGUACAACCUGACCAACAAGCAGAAGACCAGCGCCCAUCUGGUGACCAGCGGAGACCAGGCCGAGGUCAGGGAACUGUUCGCCAGUCUGCAGUCCCUGGCCAACAGUGAACUGAGCGAUGACCAGCCACCGACCGGAUGUUCCAUACUGACUGUGUCUGAUAAGAUUGAAGUGCAUUUAGUGUUGAAGGGACUGAUAGAUCCGCAAAAGGAGAUAACGAAACUGGAGAAGAAGAAAGAGUCGCUGAGUCAAACGAUAAGCAAGUUACAACAAGCGAUAUCAGCUGACGACUACACCACCAAGGUGCCGCUCGAGGUGCAAAAACUGAACUCGGAGAAACUUACACAAUCCCAAGGAGAGAUGGAGCGGUUGCAAGCCGCUGUAGAAACAUUGAAGCUUAUGUGAUGAUUUGCUAAGAUUUUAAACGCAGAUAUGGCAUGGUGGCAUUAUAGACAGCCUAUGGAACUGAGUCUUCCCUGCGCAGUCCAAAAUGGCACUCUUAGGUGAGGUCGGAGUCUCACAGUGGUGUGUAUAAAGUUCUUGAUUAGGGUAGGCGAAAAAAUACAAUUUAUAAUCAUUGACCAUCAUCUUAUAAUAAAAGGACGCACAAUCAUGUGGAAAAUUUGGUAUAGAAAAUUUGGUAAAGAAAAUUAUACCUUUAAAUAUAGUCCAAUAUUCAAUAAAAUCCCAAAUUCAGAGCAAAUUCGACCUUAAGUAUUGAUUUUAAGGUUGAAUUUGCAAAUGUGACUACUUGAAUUGAGUGUCAAGAAGUUGUGUUUGGCACUCAUUGAGUGGGGACGUUUUUUGGUCGCAAAUUGUGCAUCCACUUUUUAAUGGGAGAUCGAUGAUUAUAAUGCGUCCUUAAGGUAGGCACUAAGCAGUACAUUUUUGUAUGCACGAAGACCAGAUGGCGGAAGGCCAGAACCAUACCCCGAUUCUUUGACAGCCUUUAGAAAGGCGUUAGGAUAGCAAAAAUUCUAUGAUUAGCCUUUAUGCAUAUCUAGCGAUUUAAAUUUUUGACGUGUGACUUGUUAGCGAAAUGUGUACAAUUUUAUACCUUGUUGUUAAGUGAAAUGUUGCAAAUAUCUUUGAAUAUUUAUUUUAAAAUACUCACAUUCGAAUGGAAUGUAAUAAAAUACAUUGUAAAAACUGUUGUCCUUUUGACUGAUACAAAGUAAUGAUUGAGAUUUGAUAAGUUGAUUAUUGUUUUAUUUUGCUAUUUUCGCGAAAGUAUCAAAAUACAGACUAAAUUUAUUACAAUACAAUUUCAUAUUGUGUAGACAAUAUCUCCUGAGAAAGCUCCAUUUUGAGAUUUUUUUUCUGCUUUGCCCGUCGAUUUUUCGCGGAGAAAUGCGGAGAAGCAAAAUAAAUCGAUUAUUCAUUGUUCAUAAUAAACUUCUGCAAAAUGACUAUUCAGAAAUUGUAAAGACUUGUAAAGUAUUGUGAAGACUAUACAUACAGAUUUCAGUUAUUCUUAAAUACCCACAAUUGUUAUGCACUAAGAUCAGAAUCCAGUAUUUUAAUUUCAAAGUACCAAUAGCUGCGUGGUUAUAGGGACGUUCUGAAAUCCGACAGGUCAAUGGGUUGAACCAUGCGUAAUAGUUUUUUAUUUGAAUAAACUGUCUUGCUCUUACUGAACAACUUGCCGAAAGUGAACUUUGAUUUUCUUUAAUAAUCUUUCGAUUAAUAUUAAUUUAUUACUCUGAUCUUUUAUUUUAAUAGAAAUGUUACCUUCCUAUUUAUUUGCCUUUGUAAACAAUAAAUAUUUCAGUUUUGUGCUUCAA